AAAUUCCCAAUAAAAUAAUUGGUAAUUUUGACCCCCGGUGUAGAAUGGUUCGACUCCACUGAAUUCAAUCUUUUUGUUCAAAAAAUGUUAAAGAAAAUGUUCAAUAUUGUCUGUUUUUGUCUUUCCAGUUGCUGAUUAACUUCCUAAAUGUUGCAGAUUGUGUUUCUUCCUCUGUUCCAGUUUUGAUGGUCCUGUUCCUGAUCUGCGAGUCAUCAAGCAGCUUUCGUUUCAGAGUGGCGACGUUCCCGUCGUUUACGCCGCCGUGGAAACUUGAAAAAGUCUGUAUUUCUCCAUAUGUAGCUCACAAAGGUUUAAAAACUCCCGGAUGGAUGAAUCUCAGGGGUAGACGUCCCUGGGCAGCUGGAAGUCCUUGAAGGUGUAGAAGGAAGGUGAGUAAAUUUGUGUCGCGGUGCUAAAACACCGAUUUUCCGCAGCCACAGUGUGAGAGGAAGAAGAAUUGUCUUACUUUAUGAAACUGUUCAAGCAUUUUUAAUAAUUUUAGGAAUUUUGAGGGAGAGGCAGCGUUAGAUCUGAAUGUGUUUAACAGAAGUCAACAGCACUUUCUGACAUUAAAUCAUCUGAUACCAGAGGUAUUAUCUGUGCUGGUCAAAUUCAAAUUACACAUUUAUGAUGUCCAUCCUGUAUGAACGCUUUAAAAAAAAACACUUUGUAUUGCUUUGUUGCUGUAAAUGUGCUAUAUAAAUAAAAUCCUUUACCUUUAAACAAAGUGAACAGAUUUUCCCAAAUUCUAUUUUCAUUUCAACUUGUUGCAGUUUCUAACCAAGCAGCCAGACUUUCUGGUAAUCUCUCAAUUACCAGAAAGUAAGGUACUUCUUAUAAAGUAACUUGCAAGUACUGUAACACAACCCUUGGAUUCUGAUAGAGUAAUAUCAGUAAUAUGCUCUAUCAGACUCUAUCAGAAUCCAAAAGUUGUAUUCUGACAGAGUAACAUUAGAAAAUAAAGUAACUUUGUUCAUUUCAAAAGACUGACCUGUAAGUUCUGAGAAAGUAACCCAUAAUGUAUAAUAAAAUCUAAAAGGUAACCUGUAAAUUUCUCCCAAUUGGUUUGUAGAUUCUUGAAAAGUUACUGUUGAAGUUUCAAGAUGGUACAAACUGUUUUAUGUUUUGCAACCAAAAUUUUAAGUUAAGAUAUCAAAUAUCCUCACAGAAUAUUUAGCAAAUUUACAAGUUCUAGUUUUCAUUUGCUUUACAACCAUUUAAAACGUUAUGUGAACAGUAAUGUAAUAUAUAUCCAUUUAAUUAAAGUGCUCUACAGUUACAGGCAACUUAAGCUUCAUUAUCUGAAUAAAAACCUCCCACAUGGUGUCAAACUCAAAUGUUGACUUUUUCCUGCAGCUGCUGGAGAACAAUUGAAAUGCUUGAAGGGUUUAUUAUUUUGUUUUCCUGUAGAUGAGAUGAACAAACAGAAGAUGCAUUUAAAUGGUUCCCUAAAAGCCUCAUUUCCACGUUUUUGUUGUUGCGUUUAUUUAAGCAGCUUCCCGGUUUAUAAAGGUUCACUCGGAUUGAAAUGAACUGAAGGGAGGCAUGGCAGCUCUACGGAUUUUUCCUUUUGUGAUAUUUGCUGGUAAGUCUGUUACUUAAAAAAUGUUUUUGUAUUGCAAGUAGGAAUCAAGAGACAGAGUAUGUCUUGAGUUUGUGUUAGAUCUGGAUUUUGUUGUCUUGUUUGCAGCAGGUUUUUGCAGCAGUCUGUCUUCAGAUUGCACAUAUUAUGGUCUUCUGGAACACCUGAACCUGACAGCAUCAGAUACGGGUCUAGAAAUGAUCCGACCAGUGAAAAACUGGACCACCACCACCAAAGUGGACCUGGAGAUGGUGCUGUAUGGCAUUUUAGGGGUUGAUGAGAAGUGCCAAACUGUCACAGUUCACAUUUGGGUCACGAAGUAUUGGACGAAUGAAUUUCUAAGGUGGAAUCAAUCCGACUUCUGCGGGAUAAACGAAGUUUCUGUUCCCAAAGCAAAACUCUGGAUCCCGGAAAUAGUCAUUCAACAAGAUGCCUCUAAUGGCGACAGCAUCUAUGAAGGUCCUUGGGCCAUCGUGUAUCCCAACGGUUAUAUGUUCACCUUCUUCCGCCAGACGCUGACCUUCACCUGCCGCUUCAACCUCUACAAAUUCCCCUUUGAUUUGCAACGUUGCAACAUCACAUUUGUAUCCAUAGACACUGACGUGAACAGCUUGGUCCUCGGAUCAGCCAAAAACGACUCGGUUCUGAUGGUCACGUCCACGCAGUUCAUGAUCACUCAGGGAGAAUGGGGUCUGAAAGGCAUCGAAUUAGUCAGUGGUAACAUAACCAACGGGUGGAGAUAUCACAGCACACUUUCUUACAUCGUGACAUUGGAGAGAAAACCGUUUCUUUAUGUCAUAAACUUCCUCAUCCCGCUGGUGUAUUUACUGUUCCUGGAUUUGGCUUCUUUCUCCAUCUCUGUGGAUUCGGGUGAAAAGUUUGGCUUUAAAGUGACUGUGCUCCUGUCCAUCUCCGUCUUACUGCUGAUUCUGAAGGACAUUUUACCCUCGACAGAAGUAGACCUGCCGGUGAUUGCCAACCUCUGCGUCGCAGUGUUCACCUUGGUGUGGCUUAGUGUGCUUGAAUCCAUGCUGGUGAGCUUCCUACUUAACCUGGAUCCUUGUUGUGGUAAAGAAAGUAAGAUAAUUUACAUGAAAAAGGACAUCAAAGUUCAGAAAGAGGCCGAUGAAGAGAAUGGACAAGCUAAACCAGAGCAGAGUUUUUUCUCUCUGGGUAAACUCGGUGAUGUCGAGCUGCUGAAGCUGAUCCUGGAGGAAGUGAAGGCCGCUCGACAGGAAGCUGGCAGUCAGAAGAAGCCCAGAUGCUACCGAACGGUGGCCACAAUCAUUGAUAAUCUGUUCUUUGUUGGAUAUCUUUUGACUUUUGCUGCAUUUGUGGUGUAUAUAUAUGUUGGAUGGAUUGAUAUUUGAAUUUUUAUCUGGAUUUUCUACACAGUUUUUUCUGCAUACAAUGAUAUUUGCCAGUGGAUACUGCUAAGUCUGUUUUUUCCUUAAAUAUAUGCAUGAAUUUAAACAUCAGACGACAUUUUUCCUCAUACUUUUACAAG